AUGCUGUGAAGAAUUUCCCUGCAGCCUUGAAUGUCAGCAGAGGGAUGUGGUGAAACUUACUUUUGUUGGGUUGAGUUGUGUGGGUUUUUUGUAGAGUGAAAGGAUGGCAAGCAUAGAGGUGUUGACAGAGAGAUUCUCCACACAUGAGAAAAUGUACUGUCAGGACUUGAGGGAACAAAGCUUUGCUGAUUGGCCUUUCAGAGAAGAAUGCAACUGCACACCUGAAAAGAUGGCUAAAGCUGGGUUUGUCCACUGCCCCAGUCAGAAUGAACCUGAUGUUGCCUGCUGCUUCUUCUGCCUGAUCGAGCUGGAGGGCUGGGAACCAGAUGACGAUCCAUGGACUGAGCAUGCAAAACGCUCCCCAAACUGUGGAUUCUUAUCCAUGAAGAAAAUCUUCAAUGAGCUGACAGUGUCUGAAUUUUUUAUCCUGGAAAAAGAAAGGCUCAAAGUCUUUAUUGUAAGAAUCUUUCCUAUAAACUGAGGAAAGUCUGUCACAAGAAGAUGGCACAACUGCGUGAUGACAUGAAUCAUGUUCUUGAAGGGCUGAAAUCUCAGCUAGAAACCCUAUGAUUUUUACUAUUUCUUUUUUUUUUUCUUCUUCACGAAACUCCUGAUCCUGCAGGAAUUUAUUUUGAGCGAAAAAGAGCAUUGCUUCAUUUUUUGUAGUACCACCUGUAACCACAAGAUGGUGCUUUAGAUCUUGAACUGUAAUCUGGUCACGUUAAAAGGGCUUUGGUGUCCUCAGUUUCACUUAAAAUUGUAAUUAAUUCCAACUAAAACGAAAAUUCACAUUGGGAGGGAUUACACUGAAGGGUAUAUUCCUCCUUUUUCCCAACCAAAGACUCACCAUUUUCAUGAAUGUACCACCAUCUCAACAAUGUCUUUUCAAACCUUGACCCUGGACAGAUGGCCUGGAGCCCCUCCUUUUGAAUACCAACUGUUGCCCCAGUAACAUCUGUUACAUAUAGAGGACAGUGUGGACCAAGAGCUUGCCCGGACACUUCAUAAACACCUAAGAAUAAAAUAAAAAUAAACGUUGGAAGUGAUUGGGCAGCUGACAAUGCAACAAAUAUUCAUGCUGCUACACUUGUUUUUGAAUUUUUAACAUUAAAUUUUUUUUCCCAAAGCUAUGGAAGAAUGUAUUUUGAAUGCAGCAGAAACCCCAUUUUGGCUUCAGGUCAUGUAUGAGUUAAAUGAAUAAAGUACUUGAUUAAAGAUGCUG